UUUUGGAUGUCUCUUAUAACGAGAUUUUUGUCUGUAAAUUGUCUAGACGGUAAAUUGUCUGGAAGGUGUUUUGUCCCACAAGGAUUAAACAAUAUUGUUUUGAUAAUAAAAAUGGAGGAAUUUGGAUUGUUUUUCAAAAAUAAAAAUUUCUUAAGGAUAGCCAACUGUUUCUCUUUUCUAAGAAAUGUUAUCCCAUUUGGAAAUGAAAGAAAAUUUUUUUCUAAGAAAAUUAAACGCCUGAUUUCCCCCAAAUAUUAUUAUACAUAUCCUCUCCUUUCUUUAGCUGAGAAAAAAAAUUUUUGGGGAAAUAAAAAAAUAUUAUUUAGUGAUUAA